GGAGCUUCAGGAGGCGGCCUAGCGGCCUGCUGGGAUCUGCUAGACCGGUGGCCGCAUGGCUUCGGCCUCCGCUGCGCUCCCGGGCCGCGGGGCCCAGAACCUGCUGCGGUUCCUGCGGCUGGUGGGGCAACUCAAGAGAGUCCCAAGGACUGGCUGGGUGUACAGAAAUGUUCGGAGUCCAGAGAGUGUAUCAGAUCACAUGUACAGAAUGGCAGUUAUGGCCCUGGUGACCAAAGAUGAGCAUCUUAACAAAGACCGAUGUGUCCGUCUAGCCCUGGUUCACGAUAUGGCAGAAUGCAUCGUUGGGGACAUAGCACCAGCAGAUAACAUCCCCAAAGAAGAAAAACAUAGGCGAGAAGAGGAAGCUAUGAAGCAGCUAACACAGCUCCUUCCAGAAGAUCUCAGAAAGGAACUUUACGAACUUUGGGAAGAGUACGAGACCCAGUCGAGCGCGGAAGCCAGAUUCGUGAAGCAGCUGGACCAGUGCGAGAUGGUUCUUCAGGCGUCCGAGUACGAAGAGCUUGAGAACGCCCCGGGGAGGCUGCAGGACUUCUACGACUCCACGGCAGCCUCUGUAGGCCCAAGUCAGCCUCCGUCUCCCCCGAGAGCAGUGCUGGGGAUUGCCCUUCUGGGACUUCCCAGCGCACAGACUGUGCUCCACAGUAUGAUUUGCAUCAUGAGGAAAAUUCAGUCACCCCGAGAUAGUCCAACUUGUCUCUGAACUUGAGGCAGAGAGAAACACUAACAUAGCUGCCGCCACCAGUGAGCCCCGCUCCUAAUGUGUCCUCUCCGUCUCUGCCCUCCUGUGAGAGACAUUAUAUUUUUCCCUUUCGUGGUGUUGUUUUGCCACUGUUGCUUUGUUGAUUCUAGACUCCACUGAGAAACGUGAUAUAAUCUGGAUAAUAAGAGAAGCUACAGAACAAGAUAUGGUCCUGAAAGUGCCACAGAUGAAGCCUGUG